GGCACCUGAUCCUUCAGGUCAACCUAAACAUACAAUACAAACUGCAGAGGUACGCGGCCAUGUAAUCAACAAGCUGAGUGAGAUAGAUGCAAAGGAUGCACAGAUAGUAAAUGCUCUCAGUCUUACACUCAGCACAGUCGUUAAAAAACCAGACCAAAUCACCAGUAAGGCAAAGACCCAAUCUGUAUCUAUAUACAGCAAACUGGUGAAGGCUUACAAGAAUUCAUCUGCUGAGGUCACACAAACAGAUCUUGCUGUCACAGCUAGGAAAACAAGGGGUCUACAAAGACUCUCUUGUCCUUGGUAACGGAUGUGAUGGAUGUGAUGCAGACUGACCAGGAAGUGGAUGGCCCACCCAUCACCAUUGUCACCCCCUCUAUCUACCUCUCUAUGAACAAGAUGAAGCCCGGCAAUUUGACAAGAAUCUCCAUGGAGCCUGUGAAGACCAAUGGGUCAAAGAUCAGUCUAACCAUUCCUGAUGACCUUGACCUCACAGGCAACAAUGACUCAAUCUCCAUGCAGUACAUGUACACAAAGAAAAACCCAUACAGUUGGAAAGAGAGUGUCGCCAUGGUAACAUCAGGUGUCCAGUCUCUCACUCUUAAGGACUCUCACAACAAGCCAGUCCACAUGAACAACCUCAAGUCACCAUUGAAACUUUCAUUUGACUUUGAUGAUGUGGCGACUAGUGCCAAGAUUCCUCUCAAGCUGAUCAUCCAGAAACAGGGUAAGACAUUUGAUCAGGUUGUGAGACAUGCAAGGCCGGGUACCACCACCUUCAACAUCACCCUGACCCGAGGAAACACCCAGACAUUCGUGCUCGACCUGCCACAAAACUUGUCUUCCAUUAAACUUGGCAUAAGUGAGGAGGGUGAAGUUAAUAUUAAAGAACUGGUUGCCACUGGAUUUAGAUACCCUGGAGACAUUGAGCUGAUAAAUGCCGUGUAUGGAAGAGGUAAUGGUGACGGUGGUGAUGUUUUGGACAACAUCACCAGGUACUGCCAGGAGUGUGAUCAUCGCUGCUGUAAAGACAACACUUCCUCCUGUAUUGGAAUAUAUGCCGGCUGUGGCAUGUUCUGUAGCCAUCUCCCAAAUAUCAACAUGACAGCAAACUGCACCGAUUUGAACGAAGAUUUGACAGCAAAAGAUACCCCGGGCAAUGUAAUUUCAGGAAAAACCAUAUAUCUGUCAGCUCGUGAGCCAAAGCUGGAAGAAAGCAAUGUAACAUCUUAUGUACUCUACUUUACUGUGAGCGUUGACAUUACCGACACCCAAACUAGAGAAGAGUUGAUGUUACGUGACCCAGGCUGUCUGGGAAACGAGACCAUCAGUGAAUGUUAUGUAUUUUUGGACCUGACUACCACCCUGCGGAGCUUUCACCUGGGAUGUUACUACUGGGAUGUUGAAAAGGAUGACUGGACACAAGAAGGAAUGCAGAUUUCUGACAAAAGUUUAUCAUCAUCACCAUCUAUUGAGUGUUUGACCUCCCAUCUGUCUUCAUUUGGAGCGUCUGUUCUUGUGGCCCCAACAUUUGUGGAUCCAGAUGACAUAGUGCUAUUCCUGACGUUUUUUGAAAACCCUGUUGUGGUGACAGUCGUCAUCAUGCUGUGGAUAGUCUACUUCUUUCUUAUACACUGGGCCAAACGUUACGACAGGAGGGACAUCGAACAAGUGGGAGUUAUCCUGUGUUUAGACAACCACCCGAAUGAGCAGUAUGUGUAUCUUGUGUGCUUCAGGUGGGAGUUAUCCCGUGUGUGGACAACCCCCCUGAUGACCAGUAUGUGUAUCUUGUGUGCUUCGGUGGGAGUUAUCCCGUGUGUGGACAACCACUCUGAGGACCAGUAUGUGUAUCUUGUGUGCUUCAGGUGGGAGUUAUCCCGUGUGUGGACAACCCCCCUGAGGACACCAGUGGGAGUUAUCCCGUGUGUGGACAACAAGCAGGGGGACCAGUAUGUGUAUCUUGUAUGCUUCAUUACCGGCUGGUGGAAACAUGCAGGGACAUCUGCCAAUGUCUACUUCUACAUGACAGGGACUGAUGGAGUGAGUGGAAAGAAGCAUGUGAACACUGCGGACCGAGUGUGCCUGCAGCCGGGGAGUGAAGACUGGUUAGUGGUCACAACAGAGCACAGCUUGGGCCACAUCUCCUCCAUCACAGUCUGGCAUGACAACACAGGAAGCAAUCCACACUGGUACCUGAAUCAGGUUCAUAUCAAGGAUGUUGAGACUGGCUCGUCCUGGAACUACAUCUAUAAUGACUGGCUUGCCGUGGAUAUGGGUUCCCUCCUCUCCACCACAGCUACCAUUGAAGCCACAUCGGAGGAUCAGAUGAGGGUGAAGCUGAAGUACAAGUUCAUGAUCCAGUUUAGCCGGGAGAUAAGGAACGGCCAUUUGUGGAUCAGCAUCUUCUCCAAGUCCCCAGCAAGCCAGUUCACACGCGUUCAGCGGCUCACGUGCGCCCUCUCCCUUCUGCUCUCAACUAUGUUAACCAACCUCAUGUUCUACGGCAUCCCCACGGACGAACCCGCUGACCAGGUGAAGGCUGGGCCCUUCAGUCUCAACCUUACACAGAUUGUUAUUGGAAUAGAGAGCAGUCUCAUAAUGUUUCCAGUGAAUCUUCUUAUAAUACAGCUGUUUAUGAAGGUCAAGCCACGAGAGCGAAAAAUGCGCCGCAAGAUGAAAGAUCCAGAUGAAACAUUCAUUGCCUCAUUCAAUGCAUCAAUGACUGAUAAAGGUUCUACUCGAGAGACAGUGUCUGCAAUGACAGUAGAUUUCGAUUUAAAAAAAAAAAUACAAAGGCAGCUUGAUAUUGAUCUGUUUCGUUUGCUGUAUACAGAUGCUAUCAGAGACCGUUGCAAGGUUGUUCCUAACCUAGUCACAAAACUUUUGAUUGAAAAUCUGCCAGACCGAUUUUCAUGGUCAGUUGCUGGAGAGGCCUUGGAUAUGAAUGUUGUGUUAGACAACCAAGGACAAUUUACACUUGCCCCUCGUGAAAAGGAAACUGGGGGUAAAGAAGAUCUUGCCCUGAAACCAAAUAGGUCUGAUCUAUCGCUCGCAGAUGACUUUUACAAGUCGGCGUUAAAGUUUGAUUCGUGUGGAGAUAUUGGUCACACAACUCGCAGUCCGACUAUCAGCAUGUCGGGAGAUGCUUCUUCACAAACAGCCAGUGAGAUAAAGCGGUUUUCAACAGAAAGCAUUUUUUCAAAGGAUAGGUGUGUCUUGGAUGAGGCUCCCAUUGUGGUGCGUGCAAAGAAAGACCCAAGAUUCCUACCAUGGUGGUUCCUGUAUGUGGCCUGGACAGUUGCUAUAUCAGUGUGUUUGGUGUCCUCCUUCUUUGUGAUGCUCAACGGUCUCAAGUUUGGCUACACGCUCAGCAUUGAGUGGCUCGUCUCCUUCGUCACCGGAUUUUUGCAGAGUGUGCUUGUCCAACAGCCCCUCAAGACGCUGGUCGUGGUAGUACUGCUGACGAUGAUAUUUAAAAAAGACGUGGAGUUUGAGGAUGUUGGAGCAGACAUGGAACUGGACAAUGAUGAGGAAUACUUGUGUUCAGUGAACCCUAAGCCUGACAGCCACCUGUCUGUUGUCCCACCCCUGCCUCAACGCAUGAUGGAAGCCAUCAAACAGAGACUAAAGUUUGAGUUGUUGAUGGACUUGACCAUUUGUGACAUGAUCCUUCACUUUAUCUACCUGACCGUGGUCAUCCUGAUGCUAACUGGACAUCGUAACAUCACCACUAGCUUCCAAACCACACGCGCAGUCCGCACUGUCAUGGUUGGUGCUGAACAUGGCAUGCCAUUUAAAAAGGUAAAUAGCAUAGGUGGUGUAUACCAGUACCUGGAGGACACUGUUAUCCCUGUGAUGAAGGUAGCCUCUCAAUAUGGCAGGAGGGAGAUCUCCACAGCCUCAGAAUUUUUUCUGGUUGGACCAUACAGGCUUAGACAGCUUAGGGUUGGAGAUUCUUGUACACCAAAAAUUGUGAAAGGACUUCCUGUUGGCUGUAAGCCGUCAUAUUCUCUCACUGGCGAGGACAGUGGCAACUACAAGAAAUCAUGGAGCAUCCCAUUGUUGGAUGAAGAUUAUGCUAUAAACCCAUGGAUUCACCAGUCUGGCUGGUCCCUGAAGACCCUUCCAUUCGUGGGCUCACAUGCCACAUACUCUGGGGGUGGAUAUGUCCUACCAUUGUCUGGCCAGGAGCAGCGGGAUACAGAUUCACUUGAGGACUUGGAAACCAGAGGAUGGAUUGAUCGAAAUACUCGUGCAGUAUUUCUGGAGUUUACUUUCUAUAACCCGAAUGUGGACAUGUUCACCGUGGGUGUGUACAUGUUUGAGUUUACCAACACUGGUGGAGUGUACCCAAGUCAUCAUGAAAUUUCUACUAGUCUACAUCACUACUCCAGUAGCUAUGGAAAGUUUGUGGCCGUAUGUGAAGUUCUCUUUGCGGCCUUCAAUCUUACUUUCAUCAUUAUUGAAGUGAAGAAGUUCAGAAAACAAGGAAAGUCUGAAUACUUUUCUAGCAUUUGGACGAUUAUAGAAUUAUGUCAGAUUGGAAUGGCUGUAGCUGUUGUGGUUAUGUUUGUUCAAAGAGUACUAGCUGUUGGAAGUGUGAUGGGUGAUUUCAAGUCCUCCAAGGGUGAAACAUUUGUCAGCUUCUAUCCUGCUGUUUUCUGGGAUGCUGUCCUUAUGUACGUGAUGGGUGGGCUUAUGACAACAGUCAUAUUGAUAACUAUCAAGUUGCUGAUAUUUAACCGCAAGAUGUUCCUCUUAUCGUACACUUUGUCGGCAGUCCAUAUGCAUCUGUUAUCUUUUUUACUCAUCUUCGCCAUCAUCACUUUCGCUUUUGCCGCGUUUUCAUAUCUACUGUUCAACUCCGUGUUCAGGGGCUACAAAACCCUUGGUGAUGCGUUGGUAUCCAAUGUAAGUCUGUUAAUGGGCAUAGCAGACUUUGUUGGUCUCUACGAGUACAACCGAAUCAUCGGUGUCGUCUUCCUGUUCAGUUUUGUGUUUACCGUCUAUUUUGGUGUGAUGACAUUUGUCCAAGCUAUUCUCAAUGUGGGCCGCAUAGAAGCAAGGGACAGAAUCAAGGGCAAGAAGAAUCAUCUGGAUCACAUAAACUAUAUCACUUCAAAACUGAAGAUGCUUGUUCAACAGAAAUAAAUUGUUUCAUUCCUAAAAAUCAACAGAAGUAAAAUUUUGUAUUUAAAGUUCAACAGAAUUAAACAGUUUCCUACCGGUAUUGAAAGUUCAACUGAUAUAAACUGUUUCCUAUUUAAAGUUCAAUAUAAAUAAACUUUUUCCUAUUUUAAGUUCAAGAGAUAUAAACUGUUUGCUAUAGAAAGUUCAACAGUUGAAAACGGUUUUCUGUAUAAAAUUCAACAGAAAAAACUGUUUCCUACUUAAAGUUCAACAGAAAUAAACUGUUUGCUAUAGAAAGUUCAACAGUUGAAAACUGUUUCCUGUAUAGAAUUCAACAGAAAAAAACUGUUUCCUAUUUAAAGUUCAACAGAAAUAAACUGUUUCCUAUUUAAAGUUCAACAGAAAUAAACUGUUUUUCUUAUUUAAAGUUCAACAGAAAUAAACUGUUUCCUAUUUAAAAUUCAACAGAUAUAAACUGUUCCUUAUUUAAAAUUCAAAUGAAGUAGACAAUACCUUGCCAAAUAGGAAUUAUCUGUUUCAGUGUAUAAAGAACACAAUGAGUUGAUGUUAAUGUUUAUCUGUUUUUGUUUUAUUUUUGAUUUGGUAUUUUAUUAUGACAUUUGUUAAAUUUGCUGUGUGUUUCACAGUUACAUCAUUGAUUUAGACAAGUCUAGAGAAGGGAUAUGAUGAGACUGUGAACAUUACAGAUCAUGUGUUUAUUGUUGGACACAUAUUUAAAAUAAUUAUCCACCUUUAACUUUAUUAGCACAUGGAAAUGUCAAUGUAUUAUCAUAGCCUUUGUUAUGUCUGCAUGCAAAUUUUCUUUAAAACAAUAAUAAAUACAUUUUACAAAAUACGUAUAUGUAGAAAAAAUAAAUAAACAAUCAAUGAGAAGGUGUUCAUGUUCUUAUAAACAUUUAGUAAGAAUUUACUAUUCUUUAACAAAGAUACAUAAUUUCCUAAGUUCUGUUCUGUUAGUUGAAUUUAAUAACUGGACAUACUUAAUCACGGACGGUUUUAUAAGUUAGUAUUCUUUAUAUGGUUCCUUCUAAGAGCAUCACUUUUAGAACAGAUACAUUGUACAUGUAAGAUUAACAGGUAAUGCUGACUUAAAUGAUUGUUGGAUUUUGCUCCUUUUCGAAUGAACAAAGAACAGAUGGCCAUUAAUUGGCAUUUAUGCAUGUUUUACAACAAUCUCUGUAACUGUAAACAAAAUAAGUUUUAGAUGUUAUCAGAAAAAAAAGUUAUUUUUAUUGUCAUAUAGAAGAUACAUGUAUUAUGUUAUUGAUAAGUUUAAAGGGGCUAGGCAUCAAAUAUGGUCCAAAAAUCGGCUUAUACAUUAUUUCCUCAAAACAAACAUAAAAUUGUCAAUGCAAGCUACUACGAGGCUGAUAUACGACAUCACUCUACAUUGUGGUUAAAAUUUUGAAAAAAAAAUGCAAUAUUUAUGUUGCUGUCUCAUCGGUGUUUCCCCGUUUAAAAUAGCGCAAAUAAAUGGUUCCCCAGUCAAAACACAUCUGGUAAUGAGUGCAGAUAAAUAUACCGAUGCUAUUUUUUAACUUGGUGGAAUUUACGUGGUAGACAACCCUGUAGUUAUAUAGGAAAUUUCGAAUUGGUAAAAAAACUUCAAAAGAUGCAUGUGUCAUAAGCAAUGUAGUACAUCAGAUAGCCGACAAUUCAAUUCAAUUCAAUAUACACAACGAUGUCAGUUUUAUUUACGUUUUUGACAAUUUUCUUUAUUUCUUGCAAUUGUAUUAUCAGACGAUGUCCAACCCCUUUAAUGUGCAAUUGAAUAUAUAUUUAUCCAAUAAAUGUUUUUAAACCUCGAUCCUGUACAUGUUUGUACAGACAUUUUCUUAAUGAAUGUUUUCCUAGUUUAAUCUUGAAUAAUGUUCAUGAAAGUUUGUUAGUUA